AUGUGCCCGGAAGUGUGCUCGAAAUGCCCGGGCAAGGGUACCAUUCAGGCGCAGGGCCCCACCGGCUUCGCGCCUCAGCCCAACCGGAAUAAGAAGGAAGCCGAGCAGCAGCCCACUUUCUUGCCUCAGCAGCCACCCCAGCAACAACAACAGCAGAUUGCUCAGCUACAGACGCCCCCUAGGCCUCAGACACAGCAGAACUUCCUGCCACAGCAGUUUGCGGCACCUAAUGCUCAGGUUGCGCCAAUCCUCUCGACCCAAGUGGCCCCACCUCUUGCCCAACAACAACAACAGCAAGCCGUUCAGUUCCCGACCUACAACACCCAGCAACAACAGUACCCCCAACAACAAUUCCAACUCCAGCAACCCUUCCAAUUCCAACAGCCGCAGCAACAAGUACAACCCCAAUAUCUCCCCCAGCAACAACAACAACAGCAACAAUAUCAAGCUGUAGUCGUCACCGCCCCGCCACCCCCACCUGAUGUCACCCCCUCCCGUGAACAAGCCGUAACCUUGGCCCCCCUAGUCCGUAUGCCAUCCGCAGAAGAACUCAACGUGCAGCUCUCCGAGCAACAACGGUUGAUGACCAACGGCCUCUACAGCCAGGUCCCCCAGGCCCAACAAGCCCCCGACCCCCUUGGCCCCGUCGGCGUCCAAUCUCAGCUGGGUCUCCAACAACAACCUGGCGUCACCCCGGCCCCAACGAGUGCCAUGUUCAACCCCUUCCAACCCUUCCUCCAGCAGCUCGGCCUCCCCGUCCCCGACCAGUCCAACCCCUUCAACCUGCCCACCUUCCCGCCCCAUCCGUUUUUCACGACUCCGGCCCCGGUGCCGGCGGGACAGCAGCAACAGGGACAGCAACCCUACUUCGGGCAACAACAGCAGUCCCCCUACGGCCUCCAGCCCCAGCAGCAGUACCCCGGAUUCGGGCAGCAGGUGCAAGCGCAGGUAGCGACCAACACCAUCCAACAAGUUCAACAAGGCCAACAACCCCAGCAGCCUCAGCAGCAAAAUUACGCCUCGAAUCAGCCACAGACCGUUGUGGCCCGCUCGAUCGACUCAGCCCCUCAAACUUUUGAAAAACCCUUCUAUGCCGGAGCCGAGGCAGCCCAGUCCAAAGGGGCUGAGAUGGGACAGUGCCCCCGCCAGCCCGGAUGGCAGCCGUGCAUUACAAAGGAGGUGGCGAACCAGCGAUUCUCCAACUGCUGCGCGCGACUUGGUGAAGGGUGCCAGUCGAUGUGCAACUACGACGCUAACUUGGCUACGAUGCAACUCGCCGUCCUGACUGGCCGCUGCCCCCUCCAAAAAGUGCGCGACAUCAUGAUCUGCGCCUCCGGCUAUAAGGACGUCACCCAGUGCUGCCAAGCGUACAACGUCUUCGAACCCGGCUUCGAGCACUGCCGGCCCUAUUGCAACCCGGCCGGUGGUCUCCCGGAAGGCGGGCUCCUCUCGGAGAAGUACAAGUGUCUCGCCAAGUUGUCCUUCAUCCAGCAAUGCUUCUACGUCUCCCAGAACCCG